AUGUAUUCAUCUUUAUUGCUAUUUAUCCUUGGUUUUAUUGCGACGACAAAUGGAUUCUAUAGUUCGAGUGAUGAUGUUAUUGACCUUAAUCCAUCAAAUUUUGAUAGCCUUGUGACACAAAGUUCAGAUAUUUGGUUUGUAGAGUUUUAUGCAUCAUGGUGUGGUCAUUGUAAGAAUUUAGCACCUGAAUGGAAACGUGUUGCAACAGCAUUGAAAGGUAUUGUUAAAAUUGGUGCUGUAGAUGCUGAUACACACAAAUCACUUGGUCAACAAUAUGGAAUAUCAGGUUUUCCAUCAAUAAAAAUAUUUGGAAAUAAUAAACGAUCACCAACAGACUAUCAAGGUGGACGAACAGCUGAUGCUAUCGUUGAACAAGCUCUCAAUCAAUUGAGAACAAUUGCAAAUGAACGUUUAGGAAAACGAAGUGGAGGCGGUGGUGGUAGUAGUGGUGGUGGUGGUGGUGGUGGAAGUGGAGGAAAAGAUGCAAUUGAAUUGACAGAUAGCAAUUUUGAUUCAACAGUUAUCGAUUCAGAAGAUGCAUGGCUUGUUGAAUUUAUGGCUCCAUGGUGUGGUCAUUGUAAGAAUUUAGCACCUGAAUGGGCUCGUGCUGCUACAGAAUUGAAAGGUAAAGUUAAAUUAGGUGUUGUUGAUGCAACUGUUCAUCAACAAUUGGCACAACGAUAUGGAGUCCAAGGUUUUCCAACAAUAAAAUUUUUUCAAGCUGGUAGAAAAGAUGGUCAAGCUGAAGAUUAUGAUGGUGGACGAACAGCAAAUGAUAUUGUUGCUUGGGCAUUAGAUAAAGCUCAAGCAAAUAUUCCUGAACCGGAAGUUCUUGAAAUUACAAAUCAAGCUGUCUUGGAUGAUAGUUGUGCUGAUAAACCAUUAUGUAUUAUUUCAUUUUUACCAAAUAUUCUCGAUUGUCAAUCAGCUUGCCGUAAUAAACAUAUAAAAAUGUUAAAAGAUUUUGCUGAAAAUUAUAAACGUAAUAGUUGGGGUUGGUUAUGGGUUGAAGGAUUUCGUCAACCAAAACUUGAAGAAAGUGUUGGCAUUGGUGGUUUUGGUUAUCCAGCACAAGUUGCUAUAAAUGCACGCAAAGGAAAAUAUGCUAUAUUAAAAGGUUCAUUUAGUCAAACGGGUAUUAGUUCAUUUUUAAAAGAAUUAUCUGCUGGUCGAUUAACAAGUCCACUUGUACCAUUGAAAGAUGUACCUGAAGGAAAGUUACCAAUAAUUGUUGGUAGUGAAGCAUGGGAUGGUAAAGAUGGAAAAUUAGAUGUGAUUGAAGAUAUUGAUUUGAGUGAUGUAAUCAAUUACCGAUGUCCAAAGUUCUUUCAAGAUAAUCUUAUUUCAAUCAUGCAGUCAUUAUCAGUCUAUGCUCGAUUAUUUGCACGUGCUCUAGGUGGUACAGAAGUCGAAAAUAUUCUUUUUAAUAGUUUAAUACGUUUAUCAUCAUCGUCAUCUAUUCAUAUAACACAUUCUUCGAAUCGUCUUGCUAUAACAUAUCCUUCGUCAGCAAUUCGACGUGCUGUACAUCUAGUCAGUGCAUCGUCGGGUUAUUCAAAUCAUGAUAAUGAUGAAAAUGAGUGUUUACUAAAAACUAAACAAAAUAAUUCUUCCAUUGAACAUAGAACGAAUGUUUAUGGUGAUGAUGCUUUUUUUAUUACAAAACAUCGUCUAGGAGAUUUUCUUGGUGUUGCAGAUGGUGUUGGUGGUUGGCGUGAACAUGGCAUUGAUCCGUCAUUAUUUUCAAGUUCAUUGAUGGACGCAUGUAAAUCACUUAUUGACAAUAAACUUCUAGAUUUAAAUCCAUUAACAUUAAAAGAAUUAUUAUCCAAAGGUUAUAAACAAUUAUUAGAAGAUAAACAAUGUAUUAUUGGAAGUAGUACAGCAUGUAUUGUUGCAUUACAUAAUGAACAACGAAUAUUACAUACAGCUAAUUUAGGUGAUAGUGGAUUUGUUGUUAUAAGAAAUAAUAAAAUUGUACAUCGAUCACAAGAACAACAGCAUUAUUUUAAUUCACCAUUUCAAUUAGCUAUUCAUCCAACAAUUAAAGAUCCACGUUUAAUUGCUGAUAGUCCAGAUAUAGCAUCAGUGACUUCCUGUCAUGUCGAAGAAAAUGAUAUUAUUGUUAUUGCAACAGAUGGUUUAUGGGAUAAUUUACCUGAUGUUACAAUACUUGAAGAAGUUAAAAAAAUAACAGAACCUACAUUGGAUAAUUUACAAAGAAUAGCACAGAGAUUAGCUAAGCGUGCAUUAGAAAAUGGUCAUGAUCCAAAUUUCUAUUCACCAUUUGCUCGAAGUGCUAAACGAUCAUUGGGAAUUAAUAUAUGUGGUGGGAAACCGGAUGAUGUAACUGUAUUGCUUGCUGUCGUCAAAUCAACAUGUCUAUGA